AUGUCAGAUGCUCCGCGGCCUACACUGAAGCUGAAGCUAGGGAAGCGGCCGGUCCCCCCAGCUGAAGUGUCGGCACCUACGCCAGCGCCAGCGCCAGAACCAACACCAACACCUGCGGCCUCCGAAACUCCCCAACCGCAGCGCAAGCUCACUCUCAAGAUUGCACGCAAACCACAGCCCGAAGAAAGUGAGGAGAAACCGAAGAAGAAGAAAUCGACGAAGAAACGACCCGCCGAAAAUGUCUCCCUGCCUGAACCCGCCGCGACUGUCCAGCAAGGUCCGAAACGCCUCAAGCUGAACCCCAGCAAGAAGCCAGCUCUACAGUCCAUCCGCAUCAAGAAUAAGGGCGUCGUUCCUAAUCGACCGGUUGGUGUUGGCUACGACUCGGAGGCCUCAGAUACUGAAGCCGACCCUGCGAUUGAAGAACAAUUUAUCUUACGAAUGCAGCCAGGAGAGGACUGUGAAGCUCUGCGUCAGGCAAUCAAGGACCGGAAUGUUGAAGGAAAUGGCUUCGGAUUCAAACCUCUCAAUCGUGAAGGCCGCCGCGCCAUCUUCACUGUCAAAGGCAGGCAAUAUGCUGCAGCGCUUGUGGACCUACCCUGUAUCAUUGAAGGCAUGAAGAGUUGGGAUCGACGUGGCUGGUACAAAUCGGCGGAUAUCUGUCAGAUGCUCUUGGUUUUGGGACGAGUCAGCAAUGAACAAGAAGCACUCGAAUACCCACUUCCUCCGGACGUUCAACUCCCCGAUGAGAAAACCCUACAAUACGCACACGGCCUCGCACCUCCGCUCCGUUGGGUUCGCAAGCGACGUUUUCGUGAUCGCCUCAGCACCCGCACCAUCGAGCAAGUCGAGAAGGCUGUGGAAGACCUGCUAGCUCAGGAUGAACAAUCGAUCUUUCCCCCGAAGUUUGAGCUUGUGGACAGCACGUCACUCAACCGUGCCGAGGGAAUGGUACAAGCCGACGACUAUGAGGACGAAUACGAUGAAGAGCAAGAUGCAUACGGCGAAGCGGAUGAAGAAAUCAUGGAUGACUUCGAAGACACCCUUGCAGCUGAGAUGGAGGCUGCAUUGGCUGGUGACGACGAUGCGCCCGGGGAACAGCAGGAGGCACCCACUCCAUCCAUGCCACAAUAUCCAUCAGCUGGAGGCCAGACAGACCGCGGUGAGUCAUCAGGCGGCGAUAGCGACUCUGAUGGCAAUGAAGAUGAAUUGGAUGACGACCAGCUGGAGGAGCAGCAACAGCUCCAGCAGCAGCGCGAGGAAGUCGCUGAAUUGGAGGCACUCAUCCGCACUGAAACAGCACAGUGGGAGAAGGUCCAGAAUCAUAUUCUUCGCAACAAGAAGGGCCGGCGCAUUCAGGAGUUGAAGAAGGAUCUUGAACUCAAGAAGGUCUCUAUGGGCAUCACGGAUGAUCACGAUGACUGA